UGUGCCACGUGGUUCGUAUGCAAACUUUACCUUUAGCUAGCCUUCAUUGAGUCUGGAUUAAAAUGAACUUUGGCUACUUUUGUUUCAUUUUCUUUGCAGAUUUCUGUCGAUGAAUCCUAAAUUAAAGUCCAGCUUUAGUAGCUUUAAAAAUAUCUCAGUUGAUGAUAUCAACAAAAGCAAUGAUCAUCCCAGACGAUUAAUGGCUGCCAUCGAAAACUCUGUGUCCUCUCUCGACGAUCCGGAAACCUUUGCAGGUUACGUGCUGGAGCUGGGAAGAAGACACGCCAGACUCAAGUUCAAACUUUCCAAGUCUCACUUCACUGAUUUAAGAAAAGCUUUUAUUUGUUCCAUUAAAGAAUCCCUCACUUCUUGCUGGAGAUCUGAAGUAGAGGAAAGCUGGGUACUACUCUUCGACUUCAUGACUGUCAUCAUGGUGAAAGGUUUCAAUUCCAAGUGUUGAGACACGUUCUGGGCAAAUAGCUGAACAUUCUCCAGUUAUAUACAAAUCAUAAGUUACAGUGUCACUGUACAUAUUAGCCUGAGGAUACAGGCAUCUCUUUACCUUCAUACAAUCCUCCUCACCUUGUAAAUGGCCAACCUCCCACCAGAUGGGAGUUUUUUUUUUUAACAAGUUUCUGUUCGAAUUACACCACCGACUGGCAAACACUAUUCACUUGACUCUGAAGAUGACUUCCGCUUAGGUUGUCGAAACGCACGGGUCGAAACGUCAGUCAGUUCUUUUCAGGCUCACUCGGACGAUCACACUACACGAAUUACAAUAUUUGUUUGCUUAUUUUAGUGUCCCCAAUUAGUACAGCAGUGCUAAACACCUCGACAAAUGUAAUUUUUAUGUUUUAAAGCUCUAUUUGACCUGGCAAAUUUCAUACUACGUACGUCUCUGAAGACCUGUGACUGGAUCAGUUUUUGCGCGCACCGAAAUGUCAAAUAACCGUCACCAGCAUCAAGAGAAUAUUCUGAUUAGGAAAUCGCAGGUGUUUUGGGGAAUUUUUACGUGUGGGAGCAGAGGAAUCUAUUUACUUAUGAUCCUGUCAGUCAGAACCAAGAUAAAGUUGCUGGUAGAUCCUACAAUACCUUACUUUGUAUGUAACAACUUAAAAAAAUUACAGGAAUCUACUACAUUCAAACAAGAUGUUAUUUUCUGCGCAACUUUGCAAAUUCGCAACGCAGUGUUCAAAUAGACCCUUUUCAUAAAUGGCUGCCGAUUUAAA